AUGGUUUGCCAUCAUGGAUUACGUUCCAUACUCUGCCUGCUUCUGGCCAUUUACGAAGUCAAGGCCCGGUUUUGCACCGGCUCCAUUGAAAACAAGUGCGUGCCGCUAGAAUCCUGCAGGAUAGACUCCUCGAACAGAUACAGCAACUGGGGAUGUCGCACUACGGAAACCUGCUGUGCCGAAUCAGAUAUUAUUCAACAUCGACUUCCGAUCAUGCGGGAAUGUGGCCACGUCAACAAGAAGACGGUGACCUUCACCUUAGCGGGGCUUGAAAACAUGGCCCAGGAGGCCGAGCAGCCAUGGGUGGUGGCUGUGCUGGAUGCCACAAGACUCAAAUAUAAGGCAUCCGGUUCCCUCAUUGCCCAGGAUCUGGUCCUAACAGCCAACCAAGUAAUUGCCGAUCUAAACGCGAACGAGCUUAUUGUUCGGGCUGGCGAAUGGGACUUUAGUACCAAUACAGAGAGGGACCAACAUGUCGACGUUGCCGUCCGUAAUAUCGUUCGCCACCCCGAUUUUUCUGGUGCUAAUGGAGCCAACAAUGUUGCCCUUCUGUUCCUCGCCGAUUCGUUUCCACUAACCCGCAACAUUGGUCUCAUUUGCCUACCACCGCCGAACCGGAACUUCAUCACGAGGCAAUGCAUCGUCGGUGGCUGGGAUGAAUUCAAGGAAGACCGAUUGUCGAAAACCAUGAAGAGGACGGAGGUUCCUGUGAUCGACAGCCAAACGUGCGAGCGGCAACAGCUAGAAUAUUAUCCCCCAGAAUUCAGCCUCGAUAACAGCCUGUUGUGUGUUGACGGCAGGAAUUCGUGGAAGGGCUACCGUGGAGUCCCGCUGGCUUGUCCGCUCCAAAGCGAUCCACAGAGGUACGAGCUGGCCGGCAUCCUUAGCUUCGGAUUUCUACACCCAGGCAACAUCCCUCCAGUCUUCACUGAUGUUUCCAAAAUCCGCAGCUGGAUUGACCAGGAGCGUUCUUGUUUAAUCCCAAUAGUAAACUACCCUUAAAAGACUUAAUUUAAAAGCAAAACUCUCAAAAUAAAAGAACAAAUUUUAAAUCAA